AUGUCGGUGAGGAAGAUAAACUUUGGCGCUGGACCCGCCAAAAUACCCGAGGAGGUUUCAGCUUCAUUUUAAUUUCAUUAAAAAAACGAAAAUUUCUUUUUAGGUUCUUCUGAAGGUUCAAGAUGAAACCCUGAACUAUGAAAACCUGGGUGUCAGCGUUUUAGGUCUGUUUAUUUUUCAUUUAACAAACGUUUUUCUUCUUUUUUUUCUAGAAAUUUCGCAUCGCUCCAAGGAAUUUGCUGUUUUGUUGAACGAAACCAAGCAGUUAUUGCGUGAGCUCAUGUAAAUUCUCAAUGCUGAAGUUGGUUUAUUUUCCCGGAUUUUUUACAGGAAAGUACCAGACAACUUCGAAAUACUUUUCAUGCAAGGUGGCGGAUCGGGUCAGUUCGCAGCCAUUCCUCUGAAUCUCAAGGUUUGAGUUAGAAUUUUCGUCGUAAAAGUUCCAUGACGGCUUUUGAAAGGUUUUUGUCGAGAUUUUAGGGUGAACACUCGUAUGCCGAUUACAUUGUAACUGGCGCCUGGUCACAGAAGGCGGCCGCUGAAGCAUCCAAAUUCAUUGAAGUUAAGAAGGUUUGUAGAACUAUUUCAGAACUUUAACCGUUCAUUACUUACGCGAUAAAAUAAAUUUUAAGGUGUUCACCCCGGCGAAACCAUAUGUGACAGUGCCCGACCAAGACAGCUGGAGCCACGAUGAAGUCUGUUUCUUUUUUUUUUUUGAGUGGACGUUGUAUGAGGGGAUUGGAGGCUGUCUACAGGAAAGACUGUUCCAAUAUUUGUAACUUUUUAAGCUUUCGUAAAAAACUGACGCGCUGAAAAAAAACCCAAAAAACGAAGAAGCGAAGAUUUGCUUUCCCGUCGGUAAUUGAUUUUAGAGAAGUGUUCAAAAAAUCAAGGAAUCUUUAUUAAACAAACCUCAUUACAUUACAGCUCUGAAAAUCCAGCACUUUUUAACUUUUUAAAAGGUUUUCAUGUCAACUAUAGUCAAUCCAUCCCGACUUGAAAAUCGAAGGAGGCGGGAAGAGCGAUAAACCAAAUAGUCGCUGGCGCUUGAAUUGAACUCGUGCCAAGAACCGCGAACGCACACGCUUCACGUCAUGCCCCCUUCUCCGUCACUCUCGCUUUUCGAGUCGGGAAAAAUUGUCUUUAACUGCGAUCAGUUUUGUAUGUUAAUCAUAUUAGAAUGCCGCAUACCUGUACUACUGCGCGAAUGAGACUGUCCACGGUAUCGAAUUCACGCCUCGCGCUCCUCCGACCAACGUUCCUCUUGUCGCUGACAUCUCAUCCAACUUCCUUGCACGACCCUUUGACUUCACCAAUGUAACGCCAAGAAAUCACCGAUAUUCUUCAUCAAAAAAUUGACUUGAAGCAUGGCGUGGUUUUUGGAGGAACACAGAAAAACCUGGGUGCUGCUGGAUUAACGGUGGUUUUCGUCCGGAAAGACCUCAUAGGCAAGGAGCAAGCCGUGACACCGGCCGUGUUCAGCUACAAGGAGAUGAUCGCCAACAACAGUCUCUACAACACGCCACCAUGUGGAUCGUCAGUCCACCUUGUUUUUUUCUAAAUUUUUGGUCUUCUUGCAGGAUUUAUAUCACCAACCUUGUUCUCAAAUGGAUCAAAAACAAAGGAGGAGUCGACGCUAUUUACGAAAUGAACUUGGUUGGUUUUUUAUUCAUUCAGAAACAGUGUUAAAUUCAGAAAAAAGCGAAGUUGAUCUACGAUAUCAUAGACAACUCUGACGGCUUUUUCCACUGUGGAGUCGACAAACGCUUCCGGAGCAUCAUGAACAUUUGUUUCCGUAUCGGUGGUCCUCAGGGCGAUGAAAGCCUUGAAGAAAAGUUCCUCAAGGGAUCUCUCGAGAGGAACAUGAUCAGUCUGAAGGGUCACAGGUAUGUGUUUGCUUUUCAGGAUUUAUCAGACCAAAAAAUUGUUUUUGGCGCAAAAUUUUGCAUGAAGUUAAUACUGAAAAAAGAACUGGUGGUGGUCAGUCUGCGUUAGCUGAUAGGUGGUUACUUAUCAGUGCUGAAAAAUAGCUACCUGAUAGCAUGCGCCAGACUACCUGGGCUAUCAGGUAGGUUUACAUCGAUAGGGUUUAGAUACCUAUUCGGUAGUAUCGAAUAGCUAAUAAACGACCACCGAUUAGCUUUCGUCGAUUGACUUUGGAGUAGCUAUAUACUUGGAAUUUCGCCAAACGACGUUCCGCUGUGCCGCUGUGCGCUUUUGCGAACAUUGGUCGCGCUUUUUAUUUUUUUUCUUUUAUUAAGGUACUCUACUUUCAUGUGCUCCCACAGCAAUAACAAUCAAUUGAAAGCGUGACGUAGAUCGAAAGACGCUUCGCGAACGCACGCAGCGGAACAACGGAAUGUCGUUCGGUGAAAUUUCAAGUCGGUGCAUACAGACUAUACCUAUAAUUUUAUUUUCUUCUCAACCUUGCUUCCUAUUUCUUUCAAAAAUCAUUCUAAACUUGAAAAAUGUGUAGUCCGUUUUCUCGACUUGAAAGGACGGGACUUCUCUGCGCCCUCCUCGUCUCUCGGCGACGGUCUCUUAUUCACGUGCUGUUUCCAUGUUUCUCUCAUCUUGCCCGAGAGGGAACAGAGAGGUGCAAACACUUUAAAACUUGUAAGUCGCGGAGGACGGGCUAUGCAAAACGUGACUUGAUCGACGAUUUUCCUACCCAUUCCGAAUUUUGCUCAAAUUCAAAGUUUCCGAAUUUUCGAAUAAAAGAAAUUUCUAACGAUGAAUAAGCAGAUCUGUCGGAGGAAUCAGAGCCUCGCUCUACAACGCGGUCAACCUCGAGGAGACGCAGAAACUCGCGGAAUGGAUGAACGAGUUCGAAACGCAAAAAUAA